GCUGACAUACUGGAAAAAUUAGAUACUAUUGCAAUCUACUUGUCAGUAAGAGAAGCAGUAUCGUGUUCUUACUUGAGGUAAGGUUGUAUUUUUAGCCUUUUUAGUCUUUUAAGCCUUUCAUAUUUGCGUCAUAAUAGUCAAGUGUUUAAGUUUGGCUGUAAUUAAUGUUAGUUUUUUUAAAAGUCCUUUGCGCGGAUUCCCCUGAAAACCACUUAAUGUGACCCGGGAGCUUCCUCGAUAAUUAUUACUUUUUUUUAUUAGCGGUCUAUAUAGGGAUAAGCGAUUAUUUUGUCUUGAGCGGCCUAGAGUAACCUUAUUCACAAAACCAGUUGUUAUAAACUCACACCGCAAAUAUUUCACCCUCAAAGUCUUAACCUACAGAUUUGUGAUACAAUCGUGAUCGACAAAGAAGACAAUGACGGUGCAAACAGUUCAACUGAGGCUUCUCAACAUGCUUGAAAUAAUGGGAUGGCAUGGCAUGUACCUUCUGUUUCUGAUAGUCGCAUUCAAGCUAUUCCUUCCAGAGCAAGAUGAUUUUUUGUGUCCCUGCACUUGGUUUGUGGCUUAUGGCGCGAUCAUGUUGUUUCUUCCAUCUCUUACAUCCUACACGAUCGCGGUGUUUGCUUACUUUCGACAAGAAGAUGACAGCGGUCCUUGGGAAGUUUUGAAAUCACUUUAUGUAUUUAAAUUCGCCUGCAAUUUUCACAACAACCGAACCGAGUGGGAUUUUCACGUCAAACGUUGCAUUCGUUGCAAGCUAGUGGAACGCGACUGGCCUCUGGCAAAGAUCGCUGUAUCAGCAAUUCUGUCUUUAUUGUAUCCAUUAGCCUGGCUUUCCCUAAGUUUUCUCCAAUCAUCUUACUACGUAUCCGCUCAAGUUGGGCCAACGAAUGAAACUUUGCAAAAUUACUGUAAGGUGGAGUCCACGAACAUGACGAAGACAAAUUAUACAAAGGCUUACGGUUUAGCGGUUAUUCGUUCUAAAGCCAUUGGAAGUAUUCUUUUCACUAGUAUGCUCUUCUUGCUGGGAGUAUUUGUGAUAAUAUACGGGGAAAUGAAAAGUUACUUAAUCAAAAGGUAUGACUGGACCCCAAGAGGAAGUCGCCUUGCAAAAACACAAGUUAAUGUGUGUAUUAUACCGAGUUAUUCUCCUGGCACUUUAAGAGCAGCAAAGUCUGACAUAUCUAGGGCUAUAACUGUCGCAAGAAAGGAGGAAACUGCUGGCAUUGAGAGACAGGUAGGUUUAUCCAGGGGCAUGCCCUAAGGAGGGAGCUCUGGGGACUCCAGGCGCCUCCCCUACCCACCCUUCCCGGUGCAUGCCCUCUUUUUCAACUGUUAUAAUAUUUUAGGUUUAUUAUGGACUACAACUUUAUUAACUCGUUUAAACGGCGCGGAUAGAAGCAAAUUAUCAAUAAACACCGCAACCGAUCAAAAGAAUGCGGUUUUUUUCUAGGAUAAUAUUAAGAGAAACAAAUAAAAAAAAAAUAAAAAAAACGAGUACAGUACAACUCGUGGUGAACUCGGUAAUCUACGCAAUCCAGACGAUAGAGUCUAUCUCGGCAAAAAAGCGAGGUAUUGGAACUUAACGUUAUUUGCAGAUGCUUCAUCGUAGGGGUUGUCUGUGAUUUACGAAAUUUGAUUUUGAAAUGAAUGCUGCCCUUGUACAAAAGCCGCGGCGUUUAACUGAGUAAAUACGGGAAGUCUGAUAGGCGAGAGUCUUCUGAGAUGAAAUACUUUUCAAUGACCUUAAACGGAUUCAAGGACUUUUUACGACGGCUACUAAAAUUCAAGACCUUUUCAAGAUUAUAGAACCAUGGAUGAACAUUCACUAAAAAUUCUAUUUUUCUCGUUCGUUAGUAAUCUCAUGAGAUGUACAGCGUUUAAUCCGAUCAUGAUAAGUUCGACUGAUGCAACUAAACAAUCUGUUAAUGUUGGCCUAUAAUACAUUAUCUUACUAAGUUGAAAUCUUUUGAGAUUAUUUCCACAUUGGAGUGCUGUUUGUUUGUUUGUUUUCUUUCAUUUCUUUAAUAACUGCAUACUUUUACAACAUUGUGUGAUUUCAGUUAUGGGCGUCGUUGGUAUUUGAACUUUGUAUUACGUCAUACGAUUUCAAAUUGUUUUCUUUUUCUUUUAUGUCUCAUUUUAGUUUCAGUUUCCUUUUCAAUUGCCAGCAGGAAAUGCGAGCAAAGUUAUCAAAAUAAAUGUAAACGGUACAUUUACUGAAGCCCUGCAGAGAUAUGUUAAUGGUGGUGGCAUUUGGGAACGGAUUGAAGUCCUUUGCUGUCAACAGGAAGAAGUAACAAACUGUCGAGGAUCUUUAAGUUCAUUCAGUUUACCAUCUCGUGCAAGCCGGACAGCUGGACCAAAAGGUUAUCAAUCUUUUGAUCAACUGAUUAAAUGA